ACUCCACUUCUCAUGCAGUCCUAGAAUACUGUGAACAAUGGCAGAAUCCGCUGAUCGUUAUCGUUAGUUAGUCAGGCCGUAGCUUCUUUGUUCCCGCUAGUCACUCCAGUCAGGUUAGCCCGCUAUCUUCGUUCCCGUUCGGCAGGAUGACGAGAACAGCAGCAAGUAUGCAGGGAGCAAGCAGGAGAGUUGUAGACCCGCCAGAGGCACUUAUACCGAUUGUUUUGAAUGAGUGUCAGGAGUCACUUGCGUCGCACCAUAGGAACAGCUUGCUUCUCCUCCAGUGCGCUCGCCAACACCGAGAUGAUUUCACUCCUAAUUUUCUGAAUGUCAUUCGACCGGCUCUGCUGAGCCAGAGGGCCGGCAGCCCUGGUGACACGGUGCUGCGGUUCUUCAAGACGUUCAUGGGCGUGCUGAUGGCGGAGGGGAGCGAGGACGCGCGGGACCUGAUGGAGGAGAUCGUGUGCCUCUUCUCGCAGUACAGCGAGGCGCGCAGCAAGGCCGUCCGGCUCAACGUCACCAAGGUGCUCUCGGAGGUGCUGAACUCGCUGCCGGGCAGCUUCAGUCUGACGGCGGACGCCAUCGUGAUCGUGCGCGAGUUCCUGCACUGCCGCAUGGACGACCGCGUCGCCGCCAUCCGCGCAUGGGCCGCCAGGGCGCUCAAGCGAAUGGUGACGUUCGAGGAGGACGGUGGGGUCAACGUGGACACGACGAUCGAGCUGUUCCGCGAGAAGAUGAAGACCGAGACCAGUGCUGAGGUGCGCGAGGCGAUGGUGUGGUCGUCCCCCGAGUCCACCUGCACCAUUCCCGACAUCCUCGAUCGCACGGCGGACGUCAGCCAGCGGGUCAGAGCCGCCGCUUACAGGUCCUUCGCGGAGCGGUUCUUCCCCCUCGAGAGCUUCAGCAUCCGGCAGCGCGUGCAGCUGCUGUCGCAGGGCCUCAGCGACCGAUCGUCGGUGGUGCGCGAGGCGUGCGUGCAGCUGGUGUGCCGCGCGUGGCUGACGCGCGACUGCGAGGGCGACCUGGUGCGGCUGCUGCGCCACGUGGACGUGGAGAGCCACGAGGUGGUGGCGGAGAGCGCGGUGAAUGCGGUGCUGCAGGCGCACAGCGCGGGGUGGGGAGAGAUGGAGCUCGUCGUGCCUGAGGGGGGCCUGCGUAGCGCGGCCAGGAAGACGUGCAGCCCGGGGAAAGGCAACUCGGAGGCGGCGACAGCACCGGGGCUGUUGGCGCCCGAAGAGGCGCUCUUCUGGCGCAUGCUGUGCCUGCACCUCGCCGAGCAGGCCGAUGAAAGUGGGUCGAAUGCAGCGGUGUCAGCAGGCGCGGCCGCAGUGGUGGCGGCGGAGGCGGCGAGCGACCUGAACGCGCAGCUGGAGGCGCUGCUGCCGUCCACGGCGCACGACUACCUGGCGCUGCUGGAGGCGCACAUGCAAGCAGGGUGCGAGGGUCGGUUCGCAGCGCGGCAGCUGAUGCGGCUGGCGGGCGUGCUGGACUUCACCGACGCCACCAUCCGCGCGCACGCCGCCGCGCUGCUGCACCGCUGCCUCGUCGGCACCCCCCACGCGCAGGCAGAGGGGGAGGCAGGAGGGAGCGGCGAGGGGGAGGGCGCGUGGGAGGAGGGCCUGACGGACGGCAGGUGGGGCGAGGCCGUGCUGGGGCUGGCGCAGCGAGUGCACGCCUCGGACGCUGACGUGCUCGCUGCUCUCGUUGACGCGCUGGCUGACGUCAGCAAGCCAUUGUUGGCCGGAGUGACGGGCGUGGCGGCGAGCGGCGAGGGCGGCAGCAGCAGCAGUGGCGUGAGCGAGGAGCAAUGGCUGCGGUGCGUGGCGGCGACGCGCAUGGUGCUGCGGCAGUGCUGCAAGGCGCCAGGGGGGGCGGCGUUCAGGGCGUGGCGGAACCUGCGCGUGGAGCCGCAGGAGGCGCUCAACUGCAUCCUCGUCCCCGCGGCGUCUCACCCCUCGCCUCUGGUGCGGCGGGAGGCCAUCGCCGGGCUGCACGUGUUCGCCAUGCUGCACGCGCCCUCCGCGCGCCCCCACGUGCCGCUGCUGCACGCGGCUGCGCGCGACGCCGCGCACCCCGCGGUGCAGAUGGCGGCGGUGAGGGCGCUGCUGGACCUGCUGCUCUGGCACCAACCCGCUGCGCUGCUGCCGGACGUCAGCGCGCCCGCUCUCAGCCACGACGGCGACGGGAGUGCCGUGAGCGGAUGCGGUGUAGGAAGGGCGUCAGGCGGAGGAGGAGCGGCGGUGGCGGAGAGCAGCCUUGACGUGCUGGUGGGGCUGGUGCCGCUGGCGGGCGGGCAGGUGGACAUAGAGGCCGUGCGGGACGGCGUGGAGGACGCCGAGAGGCAGGCGCAGGAGGAGGAGGAGAAGGAGGGCGUGGUGGGCGUGGUGUGCGAGGGGUUGUGCAAGCUGCUGCUGGCGGACGCGAGCAGAGGGGGGAUGAGGGGCGCGGAGGGGAGAGACGAGGGCAGGGUGGAGCGGCUGCUGCAGCUGCUGGUGGCGGUGUACCUGUGCCCGGGCGCGGCCGAAGACGAACUGCCAAGGACGCGCCAAAUGCUGGCGGAGUUCUUCAACCGCGUGGCCGUGCUGCCCGCCUGCAAGGUGGCGGCGUCCCGUCUGCUGCUGCCCAUGCUGCGGCAGCUGUGGCCGCGCAAGGCCACAGCGGCGGCCCGCCAGCCCGCAGUGCGCGCCUCGCAGCUGCUGCUGUCCAUCAUGCUCGCGCACGGCGCGCACGGGGUGGUGCCGCCCACACACACUGCCGCAGGCGACGCAGAGAGAGCAGAGGAAGGAGAGGGGGAGGGCGAGGGGGCAGCAGCUGGUAGUGAUGGCGACGGUGAGGGCGAGAGGGGUGGUGGGGCGGGUGAGAGCAGCAGCAGCGUGCAGCAGCCAUCGGUGGGCUUCGAGUCCCUGGCCCUCGACCUGGCUGCUGAGGUGCUGUCAUCCCCACUGGCAACGGCCGGCAGCGCCACAGCGAAGGCGUACAGCGCGCAUCUGGUGCAGCUGCUGGUGGAGGUGCCGCUCAGAGCCGCCCAGCAGGACGACAUCAAGUGCCUGCGCUCGCUGCUCCCCAUGUUGGAGGAGGCGGUGGCGGGGCAGCGUGCGGCGGAGCGGCAGGUGGAGCGCAUGGCGGCGCGGCUGAGGGGUGUGGACGCCACGCCGGACGAGGAGCUGCCGUUGGACCGCCUCGAGCUCCUGCUGCAGCGAGUUGAUGACGACGCGGCAAGCGGGUCAGAGGCAGCAGGGAGCGAUGUGUCUGGCGUUGUGGCGGGAUCUCCUGCUGGCAGGCGGCGGAGAGGCAAGCAGCCAGCGUCAGCCCGCCGCACCUCCCCCUCCUGUGACCCCGAGCCCGCCACACCCGCCCAGCGCCCACAGCGGCCAUCCCGGCAGUCCAAGGAGCGGGCCAACAGCCUCCUGAAGCAGCAGCUGGGGGGGGACGGCACCAGCAGCGCAGGCAAGCGGGUGGUAGAGGAGGCAGCAGCUGGUGCAGGGGAGAGCGCGGGAGUGGGUGCAGAGGAGGGUGGGGAGCACAUAGGCAGUGAGGGGCCGAACAGGUCUGCAUAUGUGGCACCUGAGGCGCACAGCAGUGGGGAUGAGGGGGGAAGUGAGAGUGGGAGUGAGGAUUAUGGGAGUGAGAGUGAGAGCGAGGAGGAGUACCUGGCGUCAUCCAGCAGGAGGGGGGGGGGCAGGCGGGCCUCAGCACAGAGGCGUGGAUCGCAACGGGUGUCGUCGGUGCUGGAAGCUGUGAGGAGGCGUAGGAGCGGCAGCAGCAGCAGCAGCGCGUCGCCCAUCCCCAUUUCCAUCUCCACGGAUGACGAUGACAGCCAGGACGUGGUGCAGGUGGUGCAGGUGGCGCACAGCAGGCCCGUGCGCAUGCAUGUGGCGCCCAAGGAGGAGGCGGAGGUGAUCUCCGUGGAUCAGAGCACGGCCAUGGCGGCAGGGGUGCAGGCUGACAGCCCCAGUGUGGGCCCAGCAGCACAGCGCAAGAGCGUGUCCCCCGCUGCGUCAGCUGGCAGCGUUGGUGCCUCCCCUGCUCCAUCAGCUGCUAGUGGUGGCGCCUCCCCCGCGCCAUCAGCUGGCAGCAGUGGCGCCUCCCCUGCUGCAUCAGUGGGCAGUGAGAGCACGUCCUUCGCAUCCGCGCUGAGUGACGACCUGGUGCAGCCCUCGCCCUCCCCCCUCCCUGCUGCCAUGCUGCCCGCCCGCACUGCUGCCGGGCCAAGGAGGCGAUUUGUGCUGGAUGAGAGUGAGAGUGAGGGUGAGGGUGAGGGCGAGGGCUGGGGUGAGAGUGGGAGUGGGAGUGAUGAGGACAGUGGCAGCAGCGCAAAGGGCAAAGCAGCAGGGAGAGGGGGGGCGGGGGAGCAGAGGGCAGGUGAGAAUGAGGGUGUGGGGGGGAAGGCCGGCAAGGGUGGUACUGCCACAGCGGCAGCAGGGAGGCGGCAGCCUCUGGCGCGCCUUACUGGGCAGUGAUGGGCGGCGGCAGCAGCAAUGCCUGUGGAAUGCUGCGCAGGUCACUCUCCCACCACACAUCCACCACCCCUGGACCGCCUCUCACAGCGCUGCAUCUUCUCCACUGUGCUCACGGAUUGGACCUCUCUGUAAUCCUUACCUCCCUACUGCUUAGAGUGAUCUGGUACAUAGUCGCUACAACGUUACAAGCAAAACACCUUGAC